CCAGGCGGCCGCGGUGAUGGCUACGCAGUGACGGUUGGAUCUAACGGUUGCUAUUGACGUUGGGGCUGGGGGGUGCGGUGGAUGGUUCUUACGCCGAGAACGGCCGGGAGGAGCGAAGCCGUUGGCCCCGCGGAGGAGGCCCUGGGAGCCGCGCGGUGAUGCGGCGGUGCUGAAACUCCGGGCGGAGGCGCCUCCCCCCCCGCCCCUACCAGAGCCGGGCCCGGGCCGUCGCCCUGCGCGCUGGGUUCGCGGAUCCUGCCUCGGCCCCUCCCCCGCAUGCGGGGCCUCCCCUCGGCCUGAGGCGCCCCGGGAGGGCGAGCGAGGAAGGCCGGCAUGGCCGGCCGCCUGGAGUAGUCGCCUGGGCCGCCGCCGCCGCUCGGCGCGAAGAGGAGCUGCGGCGGGGGAGGGCAGGCAAGGGGAGGUGGCGGCGAGGAGGAGGAGGAGCAGGCCCCGGCUCCGGCUCCGGCUCCGGCCCUGGCUGUGACGGCGCUUCGAUGCGGGGCUAGGAGUGCAGCCGCCCCUCGGCCUGCCCUGCCCGGGCGCGGAGCCGCGCUUUCUUCUCAGCCCGGAGCCGUCGGCCUCAGCGUCUGCGAUGAACCCGGUGAAUGCUACAGCCUUGUACAUCUCCGCCAGUCGCCUGGUGCUCAACUACGGCCCCGGAGAGGACCCGCAGUGCCUGGCCGAGAUCGGCAAGCUGCUGCCCUACUUCCGGCAGUCGCUCUCUUGUUGUGUGUGCGGAAAUCUGCUGCAAGAUCCAAUUGCACCCACCAAUUCCACAUGCCAGCAUUAUGUAUGCAAAACCUGUAAGGGCCAGAAGAUGAUGAUGAAACCAUCGUGUAGUUGGUGCAAGGACUAUGAGCAGUUUGAAGAAAAUAAACAGUUAAGCAUUCUAGUGAAUUGCUAUAAAAAACUAUGUGAGUACAUUACACAAACACCACUAGCACGGGAUAUUAAAAAAGCUGCUGAGACUUCUCCAGAUCUAUUGACUUUGCUUAAAGAUGGUGCUGCACUCCAUGAAGAUACAGAAGAAACAUCUGAUGAAGCCGUUGCAUUGUGUAUCACACAUUCCCCAUCACCUUCAACCUCAGAGCAUGCUAAUGAGCCUCCAGCAUGCCAUUCUUCUGUUCCUGAAAGCACAUAUGAGUCUGAUGUGAAAGGCUCCACUAUUAAUGGGUUGCCCAAUUGCAAUGGGCUGUCAGUAGAUAAAAUUGGAGCAAAUAUUCCUUCUCCUGAACAUGCAAAUACAGUUGAUGUGUGUAGCCCUGCACAGUGCAUAGAAACUGACGACAAUUCUAGCAAUCUUCAGCCUGACCAGUGCUUAAAAAGUGACGAUAUUUCUAGCAAUCUUCACCCUGGACAGUAUGUAGAAACUGAAGCUAUUUCCAGCAGUCUUCAGCCUAUCUGUGAUCCAGUUUCUCCUAGUGACUUGUGUGUGGCAAGCAGUGAUACUUGCAGUUUCAGCAAAGACCCCAAACCUGGUGAUUCUCUUCUACUUAGUGUUGAGGAAGUGCUGCGGAGCUUGGACUCCAACACAGAGGUCUGUGGUCCUAAUCUGCAACACAGCUUGGAAACCAAUAUAUCCAACGGCCCUUUUUUACAGCUUUGUCCUCCACCUCCUAGCCAUAGCAUGUUCAUGUCAAUGGGUGCUUCACCUUAUGGGAUUUCAUGUACAGCUGCGACACCGAAGGCGGUAAAAUUAAAUAGAAAGCGAUCGCGUUCUGAAAGUGACAGUGAAAAGGUUCAGCCUCUUCCAAUUUCCAGCAUCCUUUGUGGCCCAACGUUGGGAGCCUCAGCCCCGGUAACAGUGAAACAGGAUACAAAGAUGUCUUUGCAGCCUGUUGCAGCUGUACCAAAUGGAGGCACCGCUCCUAAAAUAGGCAAAACUGUACUCUUAGCAAAUAAAGGCAUGAAAAAGACUCUAGACCACACCGCCAAGAAACCCCACCCGAAAUCCAAAACAGGAAUGCUGAAAAAAUCAAGAGGUGGCAGUCAUGUGCCAGGCGGUCUAACAAAAACGGUGUACAAAAAGCCACAGGAAAAGAAGGGGUGCAAAUGUGGUCGAGCCACCCAAAAUCCAAGUGUUCUUACAUGUCGUGGCCAACGCUGUCCUUGUUACUCGAACCGUAAAGCUUGCUUAGACUGCAUAUGCCGUGGCUGCCAAAAUUCAUAUAUGGCUAAUGGGGAGAAGAAACUGGAGGCAUUUGCAGUGCCAGAAAAGGCCUUGGAGCAGACUAGGCUUACCUUGGGCAUUAAUGUGACAAGCAUUGCUGUGCGCAAUGCCAGCACAAGUACCAGUGUAAUUAAUAUGACAGGGUCACCAGUAGCAACGUUUUUAGCUGCCAGUACAAACGAUGAUAAGAACUUGGACGAAGCUAUAGACAUGAGAUAUGACUGCUGAGUCAAUUUUUUUCUUUUUGAUCUUUCUCUCCUGCCUUUGGUAGGGGGACUGCUAUAAUUUUGAGGGCAGCUAUGGUUCUGAUUAACUUGCCGGAGCUCCUGCAUAUAGAUCACUUGUAUCAAGUGUUUUUCAUUGCUAUGUUGUGUGUUAGUGUCUGGGAAAUAGUUUGACGGUAAUUGCGGAGUUACCCUGAAACUGUCUUUUGUUCUUACAGCACCUCAUAGUUUCAGAUCAAAUGCUAAUGUAAAUGAUUUAUAAUACACAAUUACUUUUGGGCAAAUACUGACCUUGUACCAGUUCAUGCUUUGUGCUUAAUCAGAGAUUGAUUGAAUAUACAACAAUGGUUUCUAGUCAGUCCAUCACAGUUGUGGUAAUUUAUUAUGUACCCAUGUUUAGAGUCAAUGUCGCAGGAAAUCAGCGUCACGCUCAUGCUGCAGAUGUAGUAAAAAUGUCACAGCUAGUCUUCUAUUACCACGUUAUUGUGGAUAGGGAGAUUAGUAAUGGAGCACUUUAAACUUGUUCAAAAAUUUAAGUUAUUUUAAUUUUUCAUCUAGUGUAUGCUGUCCUGAAGCAAAGAAAACUACGAAACUGGGCCCUACUGUCAGAUUUGAACACUCAAGAUUCUCAAAUAUAUGUUUCUUUUUCUCUAGAGUAAUAUUUCAAAAAUACCAAUAGAAGUUCCAUUGUCAUGAAGCAGCCUUUGAAGAUUUAUUAUUAUUUUAUUAUUAUUUUUGGAAGAAUCUGCAGAUUGAUGUCACUAGUCUUUUGCAUUAUGUGUCAUACUGUAAACGUUAAUCUUCAAGUUAUUAUUGUGGAGUUCAUUAUGAAAUAGGUAAUGUAUAUUUUGGAAUGUGCUAGUUAGCUACAAAAUAAAAGCAAUUUAAUUCUCAUGCCAAAAUUACUGAGACAUCAUUGUAUACGUUAGUUUUUAGCUGUUGGCAAGAGCAUAGCCCCUCUCCCUUCACACAAACAUGUUUGGAAUAAUAGCGGCAUGAUGACACUGUACGGGCAUUGACUUUCUGCUGAGGUCCUCCCAUGCAGCUACUACUUCAAGAUCCUAGUGCCUGUUUCCCCCAGCCUUGCUUGCAUAAAUCUGCUCCUAUCUGGGUGGAGUCCUGGAUAGGAUUAGACACCAGCUGGAUGCACCAAGAUGAGACAAAGCAGCGCAUUGGUUGAAAGUGACUAACAUGUUGCUGUGUACCCAAGUUUGGAACAGCAGGGAUGUGCCAGGCAUGGAAUUGGUGUGGUGGAUGUUGCAAGUUAAUCUUGGAGCCCAUCAGAGCUGUUCUACAUCCUGCUCCAUACACAAGCUUUUGUCUUUAGCUUAUUUCCAGUUAUACUAUGAAAGAAACAGCAAACUGUAAAAUUGAAAAUAUACCACUUUGUAUCAAUCCUCCUAUUGUUGAGAUAUGUGCCUAGAACUGGGAUACUCAGUGUGGUAGCAUCCAGAUGUUAGAUUGCAACUCCUAUCAUUCCUGACCAUGCUGACUGGUGCUGAUGGGAGUUGUGAUCCACAUCACCUGAAGGUCACCAUGUUGGCUACUUCUGGUCUAGCAUUUAAGUUCCUCAAUUUGCGUAUCUAUGGGCUGACUAGAAUGGAAAAGAUUACCCUGCUAUUUUAAGGGCAAUAGUUCAAUAGCCUGUUUGAAGAGAAGUGAUGCCAGAAUUUCUAAAACUCCUUUACAUUUGCCAUCUAGUUGUUCAUUAAGUGACAUUGUCAGGGAAUUAUGACGUUAGACACUUUGGAUUUGGCACAAAGCAUGUACAAUGAUGGUUACUAGGUCUGAAAAGUAAGCAAAAGGUUUUGGACACCAAUUGGAUGAUGCCUCCUUUUUGUUCUGUAGUGUACCAUGGUGUCAUUUUAUGUGAAUGUGGUCAAAUAGCGUUUUUGUUGGCUUUUUGGUUUGUUUCCUCCCUGUCUUUUCUGUGGGUAGGGCAGGGUGUGUGUGUUUGGGAGGGGGGGUUAAAGCCAUAGAAAGAAGGAUGUGAUGUACGUGUUCCGUAUGUACUUUUUUUGUUUCUGUUUUGCAAGAAGAGUUGAAAAAUAUUUUUGAUAAUGAGAGUAAAUGGUGGAAAAUGCUCUUUAGUAUUCUCGUCUCUCUUUUUUUGCCAGCCCAAACUCCUGAAUUCUGUGUUUAAUUUUGAGGUUUACUAUGUCCUAUUAAAACAUAAUUAGUUAAAUAUUUGUGAUUUUUGUGUGGACCAAAUGGGAUCUGCCAUUAUCUACUUCAGUGUUCUAACCUUUACUUAUUAGUGUAAAUCCAAUUAUUUCAGUAUUUGUAAGACUAAUCAAACAAACCAAAAUCCUGGAGUGCUAUUCCCACUGCCUGGGUAUUUUCUGCAAAUGUCUGUAGAACUGUUAAGUUUUUCCCCAAGACUACUACUAGUAUAGUUCUGAAGCUCCAAUACGUCAUGAGUAUGCCUUGGUCCCCAACUGUGGGAAUGAUUUCAAUCUAUCUCACAGCUAUACUAAACAGUAUUCCAGUAGCUGGUGAUUAAGAUCAACUGUUCUUUGGAACUGCUUAUUGGAGAUUCCACAUCUUUAAUGUAUUGCUGGUGGUAAAUUCAGGUUUGUUUUAAAAACUAAUUUUCUUCUACACUGCCAACAUUCUUAAACUGUGUAUUAAAAAUUGAGCUGAUUAAUAAAUGCCAGUUUUUAAAUUUUUAUUUUGUUAAACUACCCAGGGAAACAAUUUGAUACCAUUUAAUACUCUGAAUACUUGGUUUCUAAAGGAGACUUUUUGUUUCAUUUCAUUAAAAGUUGUUUUGUUAAUUUCCUGCAGCUUCAAAAAUUUAAUAAAGCAGUGGGGAUAACUCAUAUGUUGGUAAUAAGAGGACUGUCAAAUCAAUGAUCUUGCAUCCCUGUGCUUGGGCGCCAUUUUUUCUAUGUUGUUUCCUAGACUGCUUUAUAGUCAUUUGACAGAAGGAACAAGAGGAUCACUUUGGGCUAAUUUGCAUAUACCUUAUCUUCUUUUCUUUUUAAAGUUGUUGGUUGAAAAAUAGUGUUUGUAAAGUACAACACAAGUGUUUUUCCCAGAAUAAAAAACACUUGCACUGCACUACAGAAAUUACUGCCACAUGGGAAAACUACUGAAACCCAAGCAUGGAGUCAAAUGAAGAAGGCAGAAAAAGGCACUUUGGAGCAGCUGUGAGCACUUGAACAUGUUUAAUUCUGGAUUUAGGUAUUGGACCAGGUUUGUAUGAUCCCAAAAGGAGUCCAAUUGUGCAGAAAUCAAGCUUCAGGACAGGCAAAAGAAUGUACUUCUUUACACAGCACAUGAUGUAGCGAUGGCUUUAAAAGAGGUUUAUACCAAUUCAUGAAUGAUAAGGUCAUCAGUGACUAUGUAUGUUCUCCCUCCAUUUCAGGCACAGCUUUUGAGUACCAGUUGCUUGGAUACACAGGUAGGGAGACAAUGCUGUUAACACUGCCAUGGACCUCUGAUUGGCCACUAUGAAAAUAGGCUGUUGGACUAGAUGGGUUAUUUAUAUUCAUAUGCUCAUACAGAAAUAUUGUAAAUAUUUCAAAAUCAGAAAGGGUACUACGUAGGCAUUAUAGAUGGUAGCCGAAUCUCACUCUUGGAAGAAGAGUCACUGCUAAUUGCUCAAAAGCAACACCCCUGCCACCCAUUGCUAUCUGAGCUGUAGAUCCAGGAGAUGUACUCCAUGGUGCAAUUUUUUCUCUAGGGCAGUGUGAACCUACCUCCCCUGCUUGAGCCAAGACUUUUCACUGAUUUGAUGAGCUUGAAGAAAUUGAAUAAUUAAAAAUACAACAGGAUGCUGCUAAUAUAUUGGUAUUUCACGCCAAACUAACAUUAUUUUACCCAACUGCUGUACAUAAAAUAGCAGGGAGGGCAAGAAAAAAUUCUUUGAUUAGUCUAUGAGUGGUUAUGACAACAGUUGCUCUGAGAAUGCCUCAGUAGGUAGAAACAACCAUCUCAAAGCUGUGCCACCUAUUCCAUUAUAUUCUUUGAUAGUCUGUGAUGCUGAGAGAUGCUAUAGUCGUGUAAAUGGAACUGUUUAGUCAUACCUGGGUGAGCCUUGGUGUCACAUAACGCUCCUCUCGCAGCAAGCCACAAGGAGAUGUGAAGCAUCUGCUUCCAUUUUUAAUCUCUGGUCUGUUAUAUCCAUUAAGGACAAACUACUUAACCUCUGGUUUCUUGAAACAAGCCACGGUCACACCAUGGUUUCUUAUCCUGGCUUGUUCCAAGAAACCAUAGUUUAACCACAGUUCCCAGGUCUGUCAUAACAAGAAAGUCCAGUUAAUUUAAACCUGGCAGCCUUGCUUAUAAAGUCCUUUAUUAUAAGCUAAUAAUAUCUGCAGUUAAUGGUGCAGUCACAGGCAGUAAUCCAACUUGACCAGAUUUAUAGAGCAAUUAUUUACGUGCUUAUUUGGGAAGUGCUUACCAGUGGUAUGCAACUAAGUUUUAUGGACCUAACUUAGACAUGUUCAUUAAUUUCAAUGAGUCUACCCUAAGUAAAACAUAGUUGAACACCUUCCAGAAUGCAAGAAUAGUAUAAUAAACAUCUUUAUUAAUUUUCAGAAAGCAUAAGUGACAAUAUGACCUCACAUAAACAUCAGAAUGAAAAUACAAAUGAAAACAAUAAUGACAAUGAUAAUAACCCCCCCAUUUACAUUUGGACAUGUAAUUAACCCUCUGAUAUUGCGUAUCUCAGGUUCAGGGAAGAGCACAAAAGGAAAUUGGUAAGUACAACCGAGCAACUACAACACAGCAAGCAGUAUCACAAGGUAACAGUCUGAUUUUUCCUCUUUGCAUGUUCAACAGUCCAACAACAGAGUCUUGUAGAGAUUUUCACGACUACAUUUUCACAAAUGGUCAAAGCAUAUAACCCAGAGAUGGGUGUAUGCCAAAGGAGGCGAGUAACUUUAUUCUACUUUAUAAACAAUUUAAAAAAUCCCUUUUGACCUCUCCACACUAACUGUCUGGAUCAGUUUUUCUAGAAGUACAAUUUGCCAGAUUUGGUACCAAUGCUCAGUAUUGACCUCUUUCAAAUCCUUCCAAUGUCUAACCACAAGAGAUCUGGCUGCCACUAAUAAAUGGCUAACAAUUGUUUCCAUUAUGCCUAACAAUUGUUUUCAUUAUAAGUGUAAGUACUGGUCUGGAAGGCCAAUUGUGGCAUGAGAUGAACCCAUUGGCCUGUUAUGAAACUAAUUUCCUGAAACACUUGCACCCAAAAUUCCUGCACCUCUUUACAAUUCCAUUACUGUACAAGUGGAGGCAAGUGCCCACAUGUCAACUCCAACUUAGAGGGGAAGUCUGGGUACGUGUGAGAUAAUCUCCUUAAAUACUGUCAAUGGAGAAGUUUUAAUUAUGCCUUCCUAGCAGUUGGUGGCAGGUAUUUAAAGGGCAGCUUAGACUACAAUGUAUUACAGUCCUCUUGAUUUUGAUGUUAAGGUCAUGUUUCCACAGUUGAUUAAAAAACAAACAUAUUUAAUAGUGUACAAACUAUAAAAAGAAGCACUUUAAAAUCUGGUACACAAUAUUUUUAAAUACCAAUACCAAUGAACAGCAUCAAUAGCCAUUUUUAUAUAUUGGAUACAAUAUCUCAUCACUAUUAGACCAAAUCAAACAGCUUUUGCUCAGAUUGCAUGAGCUGGCAAAUAGCACUUUCUUGACUGCCAGUUUCAGAAGGAAUUAAUAUUUGAAAUUCUGAUAUCAUAGGAGAUAACAUUGGUAUUAACAACCCUGACUUGUGCAUCCAGACUCUGAACAUUGCCAUAGUAAAAUGAUUUAUGAUCUAUAAAAGUGAGUGCAAUUUAUGCUUUCAGAAAGGAGGGAUAUUAAUCGGGAUUCCUUCUGCUAUGGUCUUUGAACUAACAUAACGAAUGCUGUUUUAUUCUAAUUUACGUUAAUUCACCCAAUAACCUGGCUCUCUAGUUGGGCUCACUGUUUCAUUUUGUCUUCUAAAAUAAAAGACUGAUAAGACAUUUCUUACUUGGUUCACCUCAUAAUACCGUAAAUC